CCGUGCCCUCGCCGCCCGAAAGGCCAGCGCACACACACGCACGCGCAAGCGCCGGCCGGGACACCCUUCCCUCCAUCCCGCGCACCCUGGGCUUCUGAGCCUCCCUCCGCUGGCAAGAUGUCUGCCAUCGGGGAGAUCGAUGACCGAAUAUGCCUACGACUCCGCAUCUUCCGUGCACGCGACCUUCCCCCGGGAUUCAACGCCUGCGUGCAGGUCGGCUACCGCAAGGAGCAGUUCGCCACCAACUACGCCGAGGUUGAUGACCAUGGCAAUGUCCAAUGGAUGGAGGAGAUGGACUUCGGCCAGCGCCAGGGCGAAAAGGAGCUGGUCUUCCGUGUGCACCUGGCCCGCAUCGAGGACGGAGCCCCGCCCCAGGUAAGCUACCACAAGCGCUUCGGCUUCCGAAACCGCUGGCGGGCCAAUCGCUCUCACGAGUGCGGCAAGCUGCGCCUCACCCCGUCGGACAUCAAGCAGAUCGUCAAUGAGACCGACCCGGACUCCGGCGACCCGCACUCGGCGCGCACCGGUCAGCAGCUCCGCCAAAUGCAAGUGGAAGACAUGGCCGGCGCCUGGCGCGCGCUCACCUGGCUCGAUGAGGUCCCCCUCGGCGCCGGCAAGCUGCCCUCCCUGUGCAUCGGCAUCUCCUUCGUGGAUAUUUCCGUCCUGACGGACGCCGGCUACUCGGUGGCCACCACGUCGCGAUGGAAACUGCGCGAACGCGUGCGGCGCAAGCGCGGCCCCGCCAUGUCCUGGGCCGGGCCGCGCUUUGACGAUUCCCAAGUGUGCCCCCUCUGCCACAUGCUCAUGAGCCAGUGUGCCUGCGAUGACCGGGUGAGCGCGUACUCCGCCACGCCGACCGGCCGCCCGGGGCCCGGCGCGCCGCGGCCCAUAUCGCCCGAUCGCCGGAGCGUUCGGUCCACCAAUCCCUUCGACACCCCCCCGGAGGAGGACCCGCAAGACAUGUGGUACACCCCGACCGCCUAUCGGGCCAGCCUGUCGAGCGGCGGCGUCGGCAAGGGAGCCGUGGCCGUGGUCCCGCGAGCCGGGGUCUCCUUUGCCGGGGUGCCCGCCCCGAUGAUGGCCCCCGGCCACACCCAGCCCCUGGCGCGCGGGGUGACCUACACGCCGCCCGACUCGCCGCAGGGGCGCCGAUAUAGCUCGACUUUCCAAAUGUCCCAGGCCCACCCGCUGAAGCCGGGGCCCGUCUUGCCGGGGGUGGUCGCCCGGUCGCCACAGCCACGCAGCGACACCAUCCGCGUGGAUCCCUACCAGGGGGACCUCUUCGCCGGGCGCAUGUCUGUGGUCCCGGCGGCGGGGGAUGGCGGUGAGCCCGGGUUUGCGCGACACCGGCCCCCGGCGGUUGUGCUCCCCGGCGGCGGGAGUGUUCCCUACGACACCCGGAGCAUCAACAGCAUGGGCAAUCCCUUUGCCGGCGAGCCGGAUGGCGGGGUGCCGGGUCGUGGGGCGGCGGCCGAUCCCGACUGGAAUCGCAUCAACCGCGACUACCGCCAUGGGGCCGGCGGAGGCCAGGGCGACGGCCCCGGGGGACACCACCUUCCCCGGUCGCAUGGGGACUACUUCGAUGAGGACCGCAGCCAUGGCCGCGUGGGGUCCAUGGGCGGGGCUGGCGGUGGGCCGGGCGCCGGGGCGCCCCCCAGCCAUUGGUACGCGGCGGAUGACCUCCACGCGGCGGGGGGCCGGUCUCGACGCGGCUCGUUCCAGGGCAUUCCCCAGGCCGCGGGCCCGGCGGCCGGCUACUCGGGGCCCCCGCGCCCUGCAUCGUACCACCUGUCCGAUGACCACAGCCAGGAGGACCACCGCGAGUUGGUCCGGUAUGCGGCCACCGCGCCGCACUAUCGUGAGCCGGGCUCCGGCCGGAGGAAUUCCAUCCAGCACUCGUUGUACCGGCCACCCGGCGACCAUGCCCACGGCACGACGAUGGUCCUGGAUCCGGGGGCCGCUUCGGCAGGCCUGAUGCCCAUGUUCCUGGUCAAUGGCCACGAGGUGGACCCGCGAAUCAUUGAGCAGGCCCUGGCCAACUAUACCGGGGAUCCCUUCACCGAGGAGGACCUGCUGGCCUUGCGUUUGCAGCUGGCCCGCGCCGAGCAUGACCUCGAGCGCUACCGGGCCUACGUCGGCCGGCUCCUCAGCCGGGUGAUGAUUGUCUGCCCCGAGCUGUUGGAGAAGAUCGGCGCCAGCAUCCCGCCCUGA